AUGGCGGAUCACGAUGAGGAUCGUGGGCUCACGAAGAAGGCGCGCGAUACCGACCACAAUGCCGGGCCGGUCCGCGACGGGUCCGACCUGGUCUCGGCCUUGGCCACCCUCGGGGCGGUCCAUAGGAGGAAGAGGACGCCCAGGCUCAGGCGCCCUCACGUCAUCUUCCCCACCUUCCCUCGCACCUCCGCCUCGCACGUGCCGCAUUGCCCCCUCCACCUCCUCCAGCCCCGCGCACGUGAAAUUGAUCCACAGAGACUAACGUUCCUCUUUCAAAAGGAACUCAAGAACAGUGACGUGAGCUCCCUGAGAAGAAUGAUACUCCCUAAGAAAGCAGCAGAGACCCACCUUCCUACGCUUGAAUCCAAGGAGGGCAUUCUCAUCAACAUGUUUGAUUUGGAUGGUCAGCACACAUGGAGCUUCAAAUACAGAUUUUGGCCUAAUAACAACAGUCGGAUGUAUGUCCUUGAGAACACCGGGGAUUUUGUUACCACACAUGGGUUACAACUUGGAGACUUUAUCAUGGUAUAUCAAGACUGUCAAAAUCACAACUAUGUGAUUAAAGCCAAAAAAGCUUCUGAGGAAGAUGUCUAUACGGACAUAGCCAAGACCACCAUCAGCGACCUCCCUCUUCAAGACCAGAACGAGAUGAGCAAUGACAUCAAACCCUUCGAAGAGAGCUACCCCGCCAUCGAUCACGAUGCGGAGAUGUCAUUUGUCUAUGACACCAGCUUCUCAGACGACUCUCCGCUCGAUUUCUUGGGCGGAUCCAUGACCAACUUUGCUAGGAUUUCCCCGCCGGAAAGCUUCGGUUCGGUCGAGAACUGGGGCUUUGAUGACCUCUGUUAAGGUCGUGAUCACGAUUGAGCCGAAUAUAAAGCUGCCUUUUGCUGGAACUUGAAAACAAAUUGGAGCGGGGGGGUGACUUAUGUUUGGGCCAA